AUGAAACUUGGCGCGCCGUGUUUUUUUAGCCUGGAGUCGCUGCAGAACCUUUGGUGUUGCAAAGGCGUUUCAGCUGGCGUUCGCCAUCGAAGUCGUGUCAUCUACUUGGGCUACUGCGCUCUGUCGUUUAUUCCGAAGCUGCUGCACAUGCAGCAUACCGUUCAGGAUGAUCACAUCUGGGAAAUGCCAUCAGUCACAGUGGCAGGCACUGGUGCCAUGGUUCUCAUGCUCGCCGGAAUCGUGAGCUGGUGCGCCAUGGAUCAAAUCACGGAAGCCAACAUCUACAUCUUAGAGGAUCCAUGUGCGAGCAGGCGGCUGUUCAAGUUCUUGGCUUGCUCAACGAUGGUCUGCUACCUGUAUCCAGUGCUUUUCUUCGGGCAAGCCCAGCUGGUGGCAGAGGGUCUUUCGGUCAUCGGUGGAGUCUACUGUUUGCUCUGGGUUCCGCUUAUGGACAGUUCCUCGGACACUCAUUGCUUUGUGCUUUUCUGGUGCUUCCUCGCAAUCCUUCGGCUGUCUCUGGUGGGCGCAGAAUUCACCGGGCCAAUGGAGUAUUGCCUCAAGCUCUAUAUAGUGGAGGGCGCGAUUCUGCGCUUCCUGCUCUGCCGAUACACAAAGGGCGCGGAGUUCCGGGUUGAGGCACGUGCUCCACUUUGUCUUCGAGCUGCUGUGGACUCGGAGAGUCGCAGGCAGCAGUUCCUUCAGUUUUUUGCUCGCCCCACUUCGGCCGAGCGGCAUACAUCACUGGAGGCCUUCGAUCGCUUGCUGCUUCGCUUGGACACCCAGGAGGGCUGCGUCAACGCCUUGGACCUGGCAUUUUCCGUCCGACAAAGCUGGCUCAAGCGAAGGUCAUUGAUGCGCGGACAGAUGAUUUUCACCUACCACUGCGUCUGCAACCUCCAGUUCAGGGCCGAUGUCGUCUGGAAGAUUUUGGAGUUUGCCGGAGACGGGUGUCAUUCAAAAGAGGACGACCCGUACUUCGACACCUGGGACGCUUCCAGCCACAAGGACUCCGCACACAGCUCUCUGACGAGCGUCGAGUUCCUCACGAGACGGCUGUUUUGGUUCUUGCAUCAGUGA